ACUUUUGUUUUGUUCCUUUUUCGCUUCAAUUUCACGCUUUUUUCCUAAAUUCGAUUCUGUGCUUUGUUAAAAUCCUCAAACUCGUUUUUCAAAAGGUUUGAUUUUUUUUUUUCCGAUGAGAUCUCCGACUAAGACGACACCGUCGAUGUCUCCAUCUUCAAUUUCGACGGUGAAAUCUCCACCUCCGUCUGAUACUUCAAUGGCCAUAGUAGCUUUCGACAAUUCCACUGGUCACCUCUCUUCGUCUCCAUCGUCGCCACAUUCUCUUGAUCAUUCCAGUGAAUCGGAGAAGGAAGAUGAGAAAUGUAAACCCGAGAGUAGGAGAAACCAAAAUCAUUUGAAGAUUGAGGAGACCCCAUCUCCGAUUGUGGUGGUUCACAAUCACAAUCACAAUCACAAUCGCUCUGUUAAAGAAGUGGUGACGACGAGGAAGAGUGCGAGAGUUGGUUCAGGGAGAAGUAGUGGGCAACGAUCUGGAGCUGUUUCGGCUAUCUUGAGAAGGUCUAGGAGGGAAGAGGUUGUAAAGUUUUCAGCUUUAGGGUUUCGGUUAAGUGAGGUUGUGUUGGCUUUGAUUUCGUUCUCAAUCAUGGCUGCUGAUAGAACUCAAGGUUGGAGUGGUGAUUCUUUCGAUCGUUACAAGGAGUACAGGUUUUGUCUGUCUGUGAACGUGGUUGCUUUUGUUUAUGCUAGUUUUCAAGCAUGUGACUUAGCGUACCAUCUGGUCAAAGAGAAGCACUUGAUUAGCCAUCACCUUCGACCUCUGUUUGAGUUCAUCAUAGAUCAGGUACUUGCAUAUCUGCUUAUGUCUGCAUCAACAGCAGCAGUGACUCGCGUAGAUGAUUGGGUUUCAAACUGGGGAAAAGACCAAUUCACUGAGAUGGCGAGUGCCUCGAUUGCUAUGUCCUUCUUAGCCUUCCUUGCCUUUGCUUUCAGUUCCCUCAUUUCAGGUUAUAACCUCUUUAACCAAGACUCUCUGUGAUCCUCCCUACUUCUUUUUGUAUAGCUUUCCACACUCCCUUGUGUGAAUGUAUAAUAAGAAAAAAAAGAUCAAUAUAUAUCUUAGCAUUGUAAUUAUUGUUAUAAUAUUAUUGAAUUUUUGUAGACUAUAAACGUUUCCCAAAACUAUGUAAUCUUUGAGGUUAGUAAGAGAAGGUUAGUAAGAGAAGCAUAAACCCUA